ACGAUUCCUUUGGAUCUAUCCCACACCCCUCGCUCGAUCGAUCACACCACCUAAAUGGAGGACCUACCACAACAGCUCAAGGCCGUAACUCUCACACACGUCCGCUACCGUCGCGGCGAUCAGCUCGGGCACUUCCUCGCCUGGAUCUCCCUCGUCCCGGUCUUCAUCAGCCUCGGCGGAUUCGUCUCCCAUUUCCUCUUCCGCCGCGAGCUCCAAGGGAUCUUCUUCGGCCUCGGCCUCGUGAUCUCCCAGCUCAUCAACGAAUUCAUCAAAACCACAGUCGAGCAGGCUCGCCCCGAGACGUGCACCUUGCUCGAGGCCUGCGACUCGCACGGGUGGCCUUCGAGCCACUCGCAGUUCGUGUUCUUCUUCGCGACGUACUUUUCUUUGAUGGGGUGCAAAGGGAUCGGGUUCUGGUUCGGGUUGAGGAGCAGGUGGGUUCUGAAUCUGGUGCAUUGGUGUCUUGCUGUUGUGACUAUGUAUUCUAGGGUUUACUUGGGGUACCACACGGUGGCGCAGGUUUUCGCGGGGGCUGCGUUGGGGGCGGUUGUUGGGGGGAGUUGGUUCUGGGUGGUGAAUAGUGUGUUGUAUCGUUAUUUUGAGGUGAUUGAGGAGAGAAAGUUGGGGAGGGUGCUGUGUGUUAAGGAUACUUCUCAUAUUCCUGAUGUGUUGAAGUUUGAGUAUGACAAUGCAAGAGCUGCUAGGAACAACUCUAAGUCUGAUUGAUUUGGUCGGAAAAGCACUGUUAUAAGGCUCAAAUAAACAUGAGACUCACAAGAGCUUCUUCACACUUAGGGCAUCCGCAUUGGUGAACCCCCUCUUGGGGUUCAUAAGGUUUUUUUAUUAUUUUUUUGGUGGGACCAUAAAUAGUUGUGAACCUCUAUCGAUUGUGUUCCUACAUUGGUGAACCUGCAGAAGGGGUUCAUGGAAAUAAAAUAAUAUUAUAUAUAUA